AUGUCUCCCACCGUCGUACUGAUCUCUGGCGCCAGCCGUGGUCUGGGUCGUGCCAUCUUCGAGCGAUACAUCGCCCGUCCGAACCACAUCGUCAUCGCGGCAAACCGCAACCCAACCGACUCGAACUCACAGGAGCUGCUCGGUUUCAAGACUGGCGAAGGCAGCAAGGCCAUCCUAGUCAAGGUGGAUGCCAACGUAGACACGGACGCGGCGGAAGCUAUCAAGGAACUCGACACCAAGCACAACGUCGAUCACAUCGACAUCGUUUACGCUAAUGCGGGCAUCGCAACAAUCGUGCCCAAGGCCUCCGCCGUCACGAUAGCAGAUCUGAAAGCACACAUGCAAGCUAAUGUGUAUGGCCUCGUCACCCUGCUCCAGGCCACACUCCCGUUGCUCAAGAAAGGCACAAACCCCAAGUGGGUGACCAUGGGCUCGCAGUCUGGAUACUUGACCAACUUCCUCUUCUUCCCUAACGCCGCAUAUGGUCCUUCCAAGGUGGCUGCGCACUGGCUGACACGUGCGCUGCACGACGAGGAGCCGUGGCUGACGUCCAUUGUCAUCGAUCCUGGACGUGUGCAAACUGACCUUGGCAAUGCUGGUGCGGUGAUUGCAGGCAAGAUGUUCGGCAUCGAGGGCAUGGACAAAGCCGAGCUGGAAAUUCCCACCAGCGUCAAUGGCUUCGUCAAGGUCGUCGACGAUGCUAGCCACGACACCCACAGCGGCAAGCUUUGGACUUGGGAGGGAGAGGCGGUCGCAUGGUAG